AUUAUAGGAUAAAAACUACCCUUUUGACAGAUACACAUAGAUAUCAUAUAUAUACCAGAAGCCUAAAAAGAUGGCAGCCUCAUAUUCUUGUUUUCUUCCUUGUUUACCGUUCCACUACCAUUCCCACAAGCGCUGGUUUUAUCAUUAGGUAGAAAACCAACGUUACGGGUGGCGGUGGGCGGUUGUGGUGGUGGUUGGGGGCUGGUUCAACUAUUGUGGUGGUUAUAACUAAUGGCCAGAGACCAUAUUAUGGCAGAUGGGAAGAACUCAACACGAAAAAUAAUGGUGGUAGCGGAUCCUACUCGUGAAUCAGCAGCCGCCCUUCAAUACGCUCUCUCCCAUGCAGUCGCGGAAAAUGACACGUUGAUUCUUCUGCAUGUCCGUAACCCUAAUGCAUGGAGGAAUCUCCUCGGUGCCUUGAUCAAGAAACCAUUGCCAAACUCAGCUACAUCCUCGUCCACGUCCACAACCUCUUUAACCUUAUCCUCAUCCAAUGGAGGAGGCGUAAAUAGUAAUCCGUUGGGCGCUUUCUUUAAAAAGUCAUUGGCAUCCUCUGCAUCAUCACCACCGUCCUCGACCGCGGCCUCCAAUUUGGCAGCGGAAGGCCGCGGUGUCAAAGGGUGCGCAGGAAAGGGAUACAUUGAUUUUCUCGGGACAAUGAAACAUGCAUGUGAAGUUGCACAAUCUAAGAUAAAAGUUUGUACAGAGACAGUUGAAAUGGAUGGCAAUGCCAAGGAAAAGGCCACUAUUAUUCUUGCUAAAGCUGCAUCUCUUGGUAUUGAUAUUCUUGUUAUAGGUCAGAGAAGGAGCAUUUCUAACGUAAUACUUCGGUGUAAAUCAUCUUGGAUUUGUGUGGGCAGGCCUAGAAGAAGUGUGUCGCUAAGAGGGCUGGGGCUGGAUAUGGCAGAAUAUUUGAUUGAGAACAGCAAAUGCACCUGUGUUGCAGUUCAGAGGAAGGGCCAAACUGCAGGAUACCUUCUCAACACCAAAACUCAUAGAAAUUUCUGGCUAUUAGCAUAAUCCUAACUUUAUAAAAUAGUUUCUUCAUUUUCCUUUUUCCGGUUCUAAAUGGCUUGCACUCUAUCUCCUCCUCUAUUUUAUUUGG